AUGCAGAUCCUCACUCAACUACCACUCCGCAUACUUACGCACAAUAUCCGAUACGCGACAACCUCGCUUUUCGAAGGAGAACGGCCGUGGACGGAGCGCAAACAGCCUCUACUCAACGAACUGCUAUAUAAUACUCGAAAUCUAGACGCGUUUAUCUGUCUUCAGGAAGUACUACAUUCGCAGCUGAUCGAUAUCCUCUCCGGGUUGAAUCACGGCUCUCAGCAUCAGGAACCGGGGCGAGAACAGUGGGCAUACGUCGGCGUGGGAAGGGAUGACGGAGAAACGGCUGGCGAAUACUCGCCUAUAUUGUAUCGUCCAGCCGUUUGGCAGCUGCGACACUGGGAAACUGUCUGGCUCUCUCGGACGCCUGCAGUUCCCUCCAAAGGCUGGGAUGCCUCGUCGAUUCGCAUUGUCACGAUCGGUAUUUUCACCCACCGCGUCAGCCAGCGGACUAUCCUCGCUUUGAACACCCAUCUAGAUGACCAAGGGUCACGUUCGCGCUUCCAGGCAGCACAUAUGAUACUCCAGAAAAUUCGCGAAUACAAAGAGAGCAAAUGGGGAAACCUCAUCUCGGGUGUCUUCCUGACAGGAGACCUGAACAGCGAGGAGCAUCAAGAGGCCUACCAGGUACUAACCGCAGCGGAUUCCCCUGUAAUCGAUACAGCCAAACUGGUAAAUGUUAAAGAGCAUUAUGGCGACCGGGUCACUUGGACGGGCUUUGGCCAUGAACCGGAACUACCUUCACGCUUAGACUAUAUAUUCUUGGAUGGUGGUUGCUCGCCAUGGAAGGUUCAAGGAUACGCGGUGUUACCAAACCGGUUUGAGGAUGGAAUAUACAAUUCAGACCAUCGUGCUGUCGUUACGGAUGCUGUCUUGAGUUAG